GUAGCUAGUCAAAUGCGAGAAAUCUUUACCUACGUUGCAGUUAUGGCGUUAUGAUGAACGUGUCCUAAACCUUUUCAACUUGUGAAAAGGUUAAUGUGACUCAGUUGGGUUUUAGGCGUGUGUGGCGGUUGGUUGCAGUAACAGAGAAGAUAGACGGAGAGACUUGAAGUUCUACCGUAUUCCGAGAGACCCGGAGAGGAGAGCGAGAUGGACUGCUGCAAUUCGACGAGAAAACUGGGCUCCAAACGAUUACCACAGAUUAUGUAGUAGUCAUUUUAUAUCUGUACAGUAUGGGUCAUCAAGGCAGCCUUUCAAUCUACCAGAGGACUUCAUUGGUGGCGAUCUGCCUUGCAGCUUUACUCCUGAGCAACAUCUUGAUCUAUCUUUAUUUGGAUUCUGUGUAUCAGUCAGACGGACAAGCAGUCCCUACCCACGAUAGCUGUGUGACUCAAUAUUUUAAAAUGCCAACAAUGAGGAACUGCACUCCCUGGCUUAAUUGUUCCCUGAUCAAAUCAGAUGUUCGCAAGCUGAGGCUAAUCGGCCACGGUGGAGUAAAGAAGGUUUACUUGGCAGAAUGGAAGGGCCAAAAAGUGGCUGUGUCCCAAUUGUCUACUAUGGAUUACGCUGAGGAUUUUCUCCACGGAUUGUCCAUGUUAAAGGCACUGCAAGGCCCUCUGGUGGUACAGUUGGUGGGAUUUUGCCUUGAAAACCAUACCAUGGUCACUGAGUAUCAUCCACUGGGGUCACUAUUAAAUUUGAAUGCAGCACUGGCACGGGAGCAGCAAAAACAUAAAGACACUUGGCAGACAAGGCUGAUGUUGGCGAUAGACUACGUCUCUGUCCUCCAUUACCUCCACAAUAGUCCAGCUGGACGGAGGGUUAUGUGCGAUUCCAACACAUUGGAGAAAACACUUUCCCAGUUUUUGCUCACAAAUGACUUUCACUUGGUGGUGAAUGACCUAGAUGCACUACCUGAGGUGGAUAUAUCCAGGGGCUUAUUGGUAAAAUGUGGUCCCAGGGAGCUCAGUGGGGACUUUGUUGCACCUGAGCAGCUGUGGCCGUUCAAUAAUAAAGGGAAGCCUUUUUCAAAUGAACUAAUGCAUGAAUAUGAUGAAAAGACGGAUAUCUGGAAGAUCCCAGAUGUAGUUCAGUUCCUGAUAGGAAAAGUAGCUGGAGGAGAUUUGAUUCACUUCCAUCUCUUUCAGAUUCAUAAGGAGUGUAAAGCAGAAGACCCAAAACUCCGCCCUUCAGCCUUGGAUGUUUUGAUGAUUUACAAGGCGCUUUACAGCAAUAUGGCACGAGACAACACUCGCUCAUUUGAAAAGUACAGCAGUGUUGCCAAAGUUACUUGAAAAAGUAUUGAUUAUUUUAAAAGUAAGUUUGUUACUUCACUGAUUGCUUAGUUUUAAAUGCAACUGAGUUAAAUUAAUUGUUACAUUUUAGUAACAUUCAGCAGCAGCAGACAUCAGCGCCUCAAGGUAAAAUGGCAACCAGUUUUGCAAUUCAUAUAGGAAGGUAAGAACAGCAUAUUCACUCUUCAAAAAGGUGUGAACCAUUGAAAUUUCUGGGCGGCCAGAAACCACCGAGCAUGAAAUUGUUAUGUCAAACAUGUAAUUAAAUUUGAAAGGAUGUGUUUUCUAAUCUGUGUUGAAUAAAUGCAGUGAAAGUUAUUCGAUGACAUUAUGGCUAUGGAACAAAUUUUCUAAGAUGUGGACUACAAUAAAUGCACCUUAUUUAAUUAUCCUUAUCUUAUUAUGCCAACUCUAAAAUGCAAAAUGUAUUCUGUUGAUCGUAUCAUAAAGGUAUUUGCUUGUUUACUUUUUUAUUUACAAUUAGCAAUGCGUAUAGUGUUUAACAUGCUUGUUUGUCGUAUCCAAAUCCUUGUUGUAAUUAUUUAGUCAGAUUUAUAGUCAAUUAGUGUAAAAAUAUACAAACAAAUCCAAAAUAUAUAUACCGUAAUUUUCGGACUAUAAGCCGCUACUUUUUUCCUUCAUCCUGCGGCUUAUAGUUCAGUGCAGCUUAUUUAUUGAUUUAUUUGGGUUAAUAGUAGGGAUGGGCAUCGAGCAUCGAUGGGAACCGGUUUUAUCACUCUGAUGCUCCCGGAAUCGUUUGAAUUUUUAAGUUCAAAGACUAAUAUUUAUAUACAGGUUAAAAUUAGCCAUGUGGAAGUUCAUAUAAUUUAAA